ACUCCUUCCUUAUCUUUGAAUCCCAAACUCCCUCCAUGACGAACUGAAAAAAAUGUUGCUUCCUCCAUCUCAACUUCCCACCUCCCCUCUCCCGCCAAAACUACUGACCCACCGAUCUCCUCCUCUCUUCUUCUUCUCUUCACCAUUUUCCACAACUCCCAAACCCCUCAAAUUCACAGUCCGAAGCUCCAACGCCGACGCUCAAACCUUGCUUCCUAAGUCCGCCAUCCAAAGAAUCUCCGAGAAGCUCCGCAGCCUCGGAUUCACCGACGAGAAUCCAAGUCCGGAGCCGGAGAGGUCCUCCGCCGGAGAAAUUUUCGUUCCGUUGCCGCACCGAUUGCCGAAGCAGAGGGUCGGCCACACGAUCGACGCCAGCUGGAGCUCGCCGGAGAAUCCGGUUCCGGAGCCGGGUUCGGGGACGGCGAUCAAGAGGUUUCGGGAGUUGAAGACCGAGGUGAGGAGGCAGAGGCGAGAAGAGAGGAAGGAAUCGGCGGCGAAUGCGAGGGAGGAGAGGGAGAGGGUUCCGACUUUGGCGGAGCUGAGGCUGCCGCCGGAGGAGCUGAGGAGGCUGAGGACGCUGGGGAUUGGGUUGAGGAAGAAGGUGAAGGUCGGGAAGGCCGGGAUUACGGAAGGGAUUGUGAAUGGGAUUCACGAGCGGUGGAGGCAGUCUGAGGUCGUCAAGAUCGAGUGUGAAGAUAUUUGUAGGAUGAACAUGAAGCGGACGCAUGAUUUAUUGGAGAAAAAAACCGGAGGCUUGGUUGUUUGGAGGUCUGGAAGUAAGAUAGUGUUAUAUAGAGGGAUAAAAUACAAAUACCCUUACUUUUUUGUGGGGAAAGACGCAUCUCACACCGCGACGUUACCGGUUCCAGACGUUGGAGAUGAAGAACAGAAUAAAACGGAUACUUCAUCUAGUAUAGAUGGAGUAGAAACUGUUGCUCCAACCCCCGGGAAUAAAUUGGUUCAACCAAGCUUAAUACAAGGUGUUGGCUUGCCAAAUAGAGUACGAUUUCAGCUGCCAGGGGAGGCGCAACUUGCAGAAGAAGCCGACCGCUUGUUAGAUGGGCUGGGUCCGCGUUUUACUGAUUGGUGGGGAUAUGAUCCUCAGCCUGUGGAUGCUGAUCUUCUACGCCCGAUUGUUCAUGGAUACAGAAGACCCUUUCGCCUUCUUCCCUAUGGCGUGCUGCCUAAACUAACAGAUGAUGAAAUGACCACAUUAAGGAGGCUUGCUCGGCCCUUGCCAUGCCAUUUUGCCUUGGGCCGAAAUAGGAAUCUUCAAGGAUUGGCUUCUUCCGUUGUCAAACUAUGGGAAAAAUGCGAGGUCGCCAAGAUUGCUAUCAAGAGAGGGGUGCAGAACACUAAUAGUGAAAUGAUGGCGGAAGAGUUAAAG